AUGAGAGGCCGGUACGGGCGCCGCUACGAUGACUACGACGACUUCUACAGCCGCCGUGACCGCUACGAUGACCGCCGCGACCGGCACGAUGACCGGCGGGAUCGCUAUGAUGACCGCCGCGACCGGCACGACGACCGUCGCCGUGAUCGCCAUGACGACCGUCGCCGCACCCCGCCAGAUGUCGACCGCGACUUUGAGGAGCGUCGCCCGCGCAGGGACGAGCCCGCCCGCCGUUCCCGUUCCCGUUCCCGUUCCCGCUCGCCACGUCGGGACCGUUCCCGCUCCCGCUCGCGUUCCCGUUCGCCUCGCCGCGAUGAGGCACGCCGCAGCCCCUCGCCAGACCGCCGCCGGUCCCCCACGCCGCCCCCGCGCGACGACGACCGCCGCGACUGA